UGACCAUGGAGGCCAGAGCGUUCUGGCUGCUGCUGGCGGUCCUGGCUUUGGGGUCUUCCGGCCUGGCCGAGGAGUACGUGGGCCUGUCGGAGAACCAGUGCAAGGUCCCGCCCAAGGAGAGGGUGGACUGCGCCUUCCCCAAGGUCACCCCGGAGCAGUGCAACAACCGGGGCUGCUGCUUUGACAACAGCAUCCACGGGGUGCCCUGGUGCUUCAAGCCCCUGCAGGAAGCAGAAUGCACCUUCUGAAGUGAUGCCCGCGGCCCGGGACAGCCUGCCCGGAACUCUGCCCGGGGCUGCUCACCUCUGCCUUUCCACCGCCUGCUCCCGGCAAGCGCUCUCGCUGAGAGCUGAGACCUGAUGUCUUAAAGAAUAAAGAUUCUGUACUCAGCACGAGGACCGUGCUUCAUUCCUGAGGCUUUAUGCUAUUGUGUUAUUUCUGCCAACUCACUCUCACUCCCUUCUCAGCAUUUCACAGAUGGGGCAGUGGAAGGUGUCUUGGCAUCUCUGAGAGGAGGGUCUGCCCCAGGCCUGGGGAGCAGGCAGAGACCCCAAAGCAGCUGCCAACCUCAGACCUAGUGCUGACGGCCUGGAGGGCGAGCGACCUUCUAAAUGUCACUUCCCUGUGUCUGUUGAGAAACAUUUCAGAUGUAAGCUCCCCCUCGCCAAAAAGAUGAUUAAUGUCUUUCUUGGCGAAGAGAAAGCCAAUAAAACCAUCUU